AUGGCCAUUCACAAGCUAGUGGAGGUUUUCUUCAACGAUGUCAACUGGCAGUACUUCAUCAUCGAAAAACAAUACUUUGACUCCUUACUUAACUGUUGGUACGGAACCAAUGUCAAGACCUUGUUGCACCUCAGCCAUGACGAACUCGGCAGAGAACUUUACUACUUUCCCGCACUAUUGUGUCAGGUUUUAGGCCUUGCGAUACAGUUUCUACCACUCAGAUCACCUGUCUGGGAAUACUUAUCGCAGGCUGAUAUGGCUGUGUGCCAUAAAUACAGCGAUACGGGUGUGGAGCUGAUGACGCAGAGACCACAUGCGGCUCUCACAGUGCAUUGGGAGUGCAAUCCGGUCGAGCUGCUCAAGAUUGACCCCGAUGUCCGCAAACUGAUAAAGCUGAUAACUUCCAGAUCCGCACAAGAGCUCGAGCUUCAUCGUCACGAGGAUCCCUACAAACAUGCUUCGAGCAGUCCUGGGGCAAACCUUAGCCGCAUGUGGUAUGAAGAGUAUAAACGGCGGCUAUGGAUGAACUUGUGUACAUGGGACGCUUUGACUGCAAUGAUUCUUGGUCGCCCAAGGGCUAUCCAUCCUGAUGAUUGCGAUGUGGAGGAACCAAUUGAGUGCAACAUCCCGCCAGACCCCUCCAGCUGUGUCCCAGGCUCUCCAGAAGUUAUUGGGGGACGGGACAGGCCCAACACUGUCUCCAGCAACCUAUUCCUGUACCGACUCUCGAACGUGUGGCAUGCUGCGAAAGGGCAGAAAGCCGAUAGACCUUGGUCAAUAGAUUACUCUGUGGUUCAGCAGCUUCAUGACCAGGUGCACCUCAUCAUGGGAAGGCUGCCACUUACACUUCGAUACGAGAACCCUGACUUGUCAUGGGAUGAUCAAUACCCAUACUUACGUUAUCAGAGAGAGGAUAUUCUCACAAAGGCCAAUCUAAUGCUAGUGGCAUUGCACCGUCCUCACAUAAAGUACCGGGCCGAGAGUCGGCGCGCCGCAUUACAAGCUUCGAUCGUGAUAUUAGACUCACAACAUCGAUCAUUUAUAAUGGCCAGACCACACCAGUACAAAUUCUUUGGCCUGUCCUUCUACACCAUCGACGCAUCACUACUGCUUUCGGUUGUAACGGCUAGGUAUUUACCACAAAUGGACAGCGCAGUUAUGGCGAAGAUUGAUUCUAUCCUGCAACAAGCUAUGAACAGAUUGAGUGCAAUGCAUUCAUACAGCCCAAUCGCACGCUCUGGUCUCACCAUUCUCAGCCAGUGUUACAAUGUUCUACAGAUGCGCCUGGAGCGCAGUACUGCUACAUGGUAUCUUCAAAAGGCCGUAGCCACCGAGCCCGGAAAUUUCGCACAAGAUUCUGGAGUUGAUGUGAUGGGCGAUAGCUUGUCAGAACAGCAAUCACAUCUGCCGCUUCCACAAUCGCAAGAACAUAAUCAGCAAGAGCCAGUAUGGGGUGCUCCAACAUCUUUAUCUACCGGUAGUGGCUGGACAUUUGACACGAGUGUGGAUGCAAGAACCAUACCUACGACUGCCACUCAACCAUCUCCACAUCUUGAGCCAUCAACCACUGACUUUGACGAGACGUACUGGCUGAGCAUGAUAAAUGAGGUACCUGACGUGACGAAUACAGAUCCGACGGAAGCUCUCAAGGUAGGCCCAACAGUUGAGGCAGCCUCCGUGGAGGACAAUACUGUUUGGAAUCAGAUUCAAUUUAGUGAAUCAAGCACCUAA